AUGCGUCCAACUUCUCCCUUUCAUCAAGUCAAUGAGCUUUCGCUUAUUUGCUCCCAAAGUUGGGGUCGUGGUUCUCCUGAUCGUUUGGACCAAGAGCUAUCUUCAGGAGCUGACCCCAACAAUCAGCCAGAGAGAGCCCAUGAGUUACUCUCUUCUAUCGAGUCACUUUGGUAUGCUCAAGAUCCACCACCGCAGUUUGAGCGGUAUGGCGAGCAGUUUCAGCCUCCUCUUUACUGUGCUGCCAACACAUUCUCCAGCACGCCAGUUUUCAAAAAUGAAAGACUGCAAAUGAUUGUUUCGCUUCUUCGGCAUGGAUCCAAUCCUUUUCUGGAAUUUCCGCAAGCUCUACGCAAUCCCAGACAUUCCUCUGGAAGCAGAGCGCCGUUCCCCGGUGAAGACCCUCCACGAACUCCAGUCGCAGACUACCCCCUUGAACUCAAUAGUCUAGAGUCGUUCGAAGAGGAAGAUCGUCCGCACUUUUCAGACGAUGAGUGGGAUGACGAGAAUUCAACGCCUGUUUGGGGUGCUCGGCAUCUUAUACAUGCCAUCAUCGAGGACGGGAUUUGGCUCAAGCCUUUGAUGGACUAUCCCGGCUUUCUGGAAUCAUUAGACCUUGAACAUCGUGAUCCUCAAGGACGCACACUCCUGCUCAGCGCGUGCCGAAGUGCAGCUGGGGCCGAUAUACUUGCUGGAACCGCUUUGGCGGAUGUUGAUUGGAGAGUAGAAAACGGAGACCCAGGCGAGAAAUUUUAUCCAAGCUGGGAUCGAUUUUUGGGGCCGAGUGAGUCAGAUUUCUCAGAGCCAGGCUCGGAAUCUUUGAUUGAAGUAUUGCUUCGGCUUGGGGCAGACCCUCUCGCGGUAGACAAUCAAGGGAAAAACGCGUUGCAUCACCUCCUCGUCGAAGUCAGUAAUAAUGGAGAUGCGGAGUUACCCAUAGUUCGGCGUUCUUUACGCAUCAUUUCGUCGAGAUACCAGUCUUUGGUCGACCAACCUGAUCACCAUGGAACAUAUCCUCUACAUGCAGCUCUUCGGCGGAUGCGCCUCCAUCCCUUGGCUGAAAGCCGUUACUCCGUUGCCAUGGCAGAGCCUCUCGGGUGUGUUCAGGAUCUUAUAAGAGCUGGUGCUGAUCCUCGGGCCAAAGACAGAAAGGGCAAUAUGGCGCUGCAUUACUUAGCUGAUGACGAUUUGACUGCCGCCUGGCACGGGUCAGAAAAGCGACAACUGUUCCAUGACCUGUUAAAGAUCGCGUUUUGCGAUGAUAUAAAUAUGCGAAACGACGCAGGAAAGACUGUGGCAGAGCUCAUAUUGGAUGAUAACGGCCACAUGGAUGAUGAAAAGGCGAGUACCUUUCGCUCGACCAAUACGGACGAGGAGCAAGAUUGGCAACUUUGGAACCACGUCGAUGUCGAGGUUCUUAACGCCCUAGAUGAGGCCGGGGUUGAUUGGAAGGCAAAGACAUCAGAAGGUGGAAACUUGUUACAUAUCGUGGCAAGAUCUGGGCUUGACGAUCGCAGAUUGAUUUUGAGGAGUCGAUAUCUGGUGCAAAAGGGAAUCGAUGCAAAAGAACCAGACGCAGAUGGUUGGACAGCGAGGAAGAUUGCAGAGCAUUACAAGUUGAACAAAUUACAUUUCUAUGCAGAGCUCGGUAGGCUGGAACAGGGUGAGGUUGAGGAUUACUAG